CGUGAAUCCCACUUGCCACCCAUCAAUAAUCUUCUAAGGUUUAAGUUUAUGUUGCUGUGGCACAGGACGUUCCGGACACUAUAUCAGUGACAUAAAUCCCCUGUUUCAGUUUGAGAACAGCUAGUUUCUCCCUAUGCAGACCCCGAUGGUCUUGAUGCCAAGCCUCCUUAGACUCCUCCGCGCUCUCAAUUAUUUAAAGAGGAUGAAACCGGACCCCUUGAUCAACUUCUCCUCCUCCCCUAUCUUCCCGCUCUCUAGUACGAGACUUCAUCCCGCGGUUCACUGGACAAACAUGGUGGUCACAGGAUAUGAUGCCGCCGGGUAUGCCGAUCUCGGCUCGCCGAGAAAUUCUUUUUCAAAUUCAGCCAUUCCAGACAUGGAAUAAUCUUCGGCAACUAAGCAGAAACUAGAGACUAGUCGAAGAAAAUGCAGCAGGGAAAGGAAAACGAAAAGAAAAGAAAAAUG